AAAGGGAAGUAAUUACAAAUUAAUUGUUUACUUCGUCACUGGAACUACACAUUACUAAUUUUUGCUUCACCUAUUGCGUAUACAUGUUAAGAUGGUUUGAUGUGACUGAUACACAGUGAAAAAAACACCUCCACCUUUUUUAAGUCUGAGCCUCAUUCAGAAACACAUAAUGAUAUAAUGUGCCAGUUUACAAUAUUUUCAGUAGAAAUACAAGAAAUUAGUAUUACUACAAUCAGACAGUUUAUGUGAUAUGUGCAAAUAAAAAGUAUAGCAUGUAAAUAAAUAGUAAAACAAUUUUUAAAAAUGUCAAAUUCAAAAGACUGUUCAGAUAAUGAAUCAACUUCUCAUUCUGGUAAACGGCUGAAAAAGAGAAAACGUACACGUGAUAACUUGGAAGCAAAUGACAGUCAUAACGGGUGCAAUAUUAAUAAAAACCAAGAGUUAAAACAUCAAAAAUGCAAAUCAUCGGGAGCAUCUUCAUCCAACAAAAAUGAAACUGAAAGCAGAAAAAGCGAAAAGCAAGAAGAGACUAUUUCAACACCACAUGCUUCCUGUAGCACUAAAAACUCUGAUGAGGCAUCAAGUCGCAAACAAAGAAAAACAAAAGAGAAGUGUGCUGAUUGUGACGGUGCAAGAAAUCGUGCAAUAAAUAACUCUGAACAAGCUUGUUCAUCACACAAAGAAGUGAAAUGGAGAAAAAAGCAGAAAUCACAAAAGAAAAAAGAAAAAUUAAGCAGUGCAAAGAAGUGUAAUUCUGAUUCAACUCAGGAAGAUGAUUUAGUUCUUAAGAUUCCAGGAUUUUACUAUGAUAAAAAGAAGAACCGGUACUUCAAGAUCCUGCCAAGCAGCAAUAAUGUAAAUGUUGUGACUAAUGAGACCAUUUCAUUCCAAGAAGCAGAAAGUAAACGUUUGAAAGAUCUCUCUAACCUGGAAAGUACCAGUAGUAGGACUGACUCAAGUGAACAUAAAUGUCACAAACAUAGCCCACCGUCAGAAAACAUUACAACUUUGAUCUACCGGCAUCAUCAAGGUGACGUCAGCAAGUCUUUGCUGGAGCACAGCUAUCAUCAAAAACAGGUGAGCUGGAUGAAACCCGCUGGAACUGUUAAGAUAUUCCAAGACCCGGAUAUUUAUUCUAAUAUUGAACACAUGUUGCAGAUCGAUGCCAGCCGAAACUCUGAGAAAAUUCUUGGUCUUUGGUCGGUUGCAAACUCAGCUAUUCAGAGAGUGCAGCUACUGAAUCUAACUGAGAAGCCUAGAGUUGACACACAACAUCCGUUAUCCGUGGAUAUUAACACAACAGGAGCCACGGUGCUUCAGUCAUGGAACAAGAUAACGAGUCUGUGCUGGGCCCCGUUUUCGAGCGAUGUGGACAAGAAGUUUGUCCUGUACACGACGAUGUGUUACACGGGUUACAACUUCAGCCUAGCGUUCAUCCGGAACCUGGACCCGUCAUCGAGCGAGCAGGUGCAGGUGUUCGACUACAACCUGGGGAACCACACCACAUGGACAGCCGCAUGGAACUACCAUGCGAUGCAGUUCACGGUGGGAGCAGAGAAAACCUGUCUGCUCAUCGACGUGGAGACGAGACGGCUGUGGGAGUUCAACACCAACAAAAGUGACGCGCUCGCUCAAGUGUUCGCACCUGUGAAUGGUCUUCAACUUUACAAUGGUACUCGGAAGGGUCAGAUUCUGUGUCAUGAUCUCCGCAGUCUUUCCACGAGACCUGUGGCCUGCAUGACUCACAAGACCAGCAUAGCCUGUCUCAGAAUGUUGCAGAACGGCCAUCAACUCUUCGUCAGCGACUUUAGUGGAAGGCUUUGUUUGUGGGAUAUUAGAAUGAGAAGAGUGGUGCUAGAAUACCCUUCACUUCACAAUGAAUACUUACGACUCCCCUUCAAAAUUGACCCUUCCGAGAGCUUCAUAUAUGGAGUUGGUCAAAACUGCUACACAAAUUUCUGGUGCUUGAAAUCUGGUAAACAGCUGUUGAGUUUGCCACCCCCUUGUCCAGCCUCGAUUGACAUGAUACCUGCAGUGCACUACUCUAACCACUGGGCCAAUAGGCCUGGUAACAGUGGACUAAUAAUGGGAAUCAAAGAUUCCCUCUAUCUCUAUUCAGGGAGAGUAGAGUUGUGACCCAAAUCAGUAUUGUAACAUGAAGCCAAAGACUAAACAGAAACCACACUAAAUGAGAUGCAUCUAAACAGCUAAUUUUUUUCCUUUCUUUUUUGGUGCUAAUACUACUUCUUUUCUGCAGAGAUGCAGCAAUUAUGUUUUACUAUCCAUCCACAUUUUUGCUCAAAUCUAUUAAUACAUGUAUUUUCUGACAUUCUGUGUCUACUGCAUAUUAGUUUUACAAUAAGAUCAUUUAACCUUGUUUUGUCUGUACUGGAAUGAAGGAAUGAAUUAUUAACGAUGCUUCAAACACUUUUUUAUUCCAGUUAUAAUAGCAGCAUGCUAUCUUGUUCACAAUAUAUUUAAACUAAUAGUGCAUUGCACACUGUCACGCUAUGUAUGGGUUAAUUUUGUAUUAAAUAACAUCCAAUUCAAAAUUGUACUGUUCCUAAAAUUGCCUUGAAUCGACAGAUAUCCAACUCUGAAUUUUUGUCAGACAUGUUGCCCAACUCUAAAAAUGGGUAAUCUCUGCUGAUGAAAAAAGGAUUGGUGAAAAUUAAGAAACUUUCAUAUUCAGCUACUGUCAAGUUGAUCAUUAUAAAAAUUAAUAUAUAUAGACAAUUUUGAAAACAUUAAUUAAAAUGUAUGAUGACUAUUAAAAUGGACUUUUGUAGAAAUACAACAUUGCAAUUGCUAUCAUAUUACUGUUAACUUGUGUACCUCUAUUUGAAAAUCAGUUUACGGUCAAAAUUAAGAUAUGGACUUUGUUCUGCAGCAUAGCAGCCAUGUUUGAUUCUUUACUGUGCAUUUGUUUUUGUUUUUUUAUAACUGUUUUUACUUAGUUUUAUUGAGAAAUGGAUUGGUGUACAUCCCCUUUCUGUAUAAAACAUUCUGAUAUACAUAUACUACUAUCCGCUGUUCCUAUACCAAAAACUGUGCAAGAUAAACAUAUGCUAGACACUGUGUGUCACAAGUGUGUACUGACUGUUUCAGAUGUAUACAUGUACAUGUGUAUGAAACAAAAACGCUCAUAUAAAUUUGAUAUUAAAAGUUUUUAUUUUAAAUCUGUACAAA